CCACUUUGUGAGAGAAACUUUCUUCUACAUUCUAGAGAGAGAAACACGAACCAAGAGAAAGAAGAAAGCUAGGGUUUGCUCCAAGGUGGAUUUUGAGGAGAAUUCUUUCAAGGAAAUUCCAACACAAGGAUUAAGAAGAGUAGGAGCAUCCUUCAAGAUGGUUUUCUUCUUUUAUCCUUGUGUUUUCCUCACUUCUAGUAUGGAGUAGUUUUCCCUUCCACUUGGGUGUUGUGAAACCCUAACUCUACCAUGUAGUUUCCUUUAUGUUUAAUUCAAUGGUUGAGGUAUUUUUCACUUGAUUGUGCAUGUUUCUGCUUAGCAUCCUUAGGCUUGUGCAUGUUUAGUGCUUAGCAACCUAAGGAAUGUGCAUGUCUAUGCUUAGCAAUCCAAUUAGCCAUUUAACCUAGUUUAGAGAUGGAAACCUUCCCUUCUAAGGGAGUCUCAGUUGAGUUGUUGUCCCUAGGGCUUUCUAAGCCUUCUACUAGGUUAAUUUAGGGCAAACCUUAAUAUUGAAUUGAACAAUUUGGUAAAGCACAAUUAACCAUCCAACCCUUGGGUUGAAGAGAGGCAGUAAGUUUACCUUUGAUUGACUAAACCGAGAGGGCGUAGUGACAGCCUAUAAUGCAUGCCUCGGUUUAGCAAUCUUGAGUGUGUUCUAUGAUCACAUUUGCGUCCCUUAGUGGUUAGUGUUUGCCUCGCCCAAAGCGAUCAUUCCGGUUCACGUACCAUGGUAGGAGUUAGGGGGAAGCAACACCCGAGUGAUCUUCCCACAAAGAGUUUUCAAAACCAAAUACCUUAGCCUUAGUUUAUUUCGAUUAACAAACUUUGGAAACAAAACUUUGAUUGCUAGAUAGUGAGUCCAACGGUUGAAGUAGGGGUAGACGGACCGACCUAGCUUGAUAUUUAAACAUACUUGUCCUAUACUACACUCGGCUAAUGUUUGUACUUGGGCCUUAGACGGGAAAUCAUUGUGGUAUUCGGAAGGAGUCAAGUUUUUGGUGCCAUUGCUGGGGAAAACGGUCUGUUAUCUUGAAAAAGUUGUUGGUUGUUAAUCUAGCUUUUACUUUCCAGUUUUUGCAAGAGUGUGUUCUUUGUUUGUGCUAGACUUGGUGUGUUUUCCCGAUUGUGUGUAUGUGGUGCAUGACCCGGAGUAACCCGGCACCUUUACUACCACUCGACGAGGACAUAAACCGAACUCUCCGACUCCUAGCACGAGAGAGGGAGAUAGCGAAGGCAAGGAGUAGAAGUUAAAGUAGGGGACAACAGUGGGUCCCGGUGUUAGUAGUGAAGAAGUUGGAGUAGUAGAAGCUGAGUUCGUUGUUAGAAUAAUGUCACCUAAGGAGUGGAGCGCAAGUUUGGAGCAUGGGGAAGCAGAGUGUUAUCGGAUGGACCGCCUUGAAGAAGUGGUGAUGUCCUUUGUCGCCUCCAUCUCGAAAAAGUUUGAAAGAAUUGAUAGGUUUUCAUUGGGGUGGCGAUAGAGAAGUUCUCGGCCAUCGAGGCAGGAUUGGAGAGACAUGAAACUCACCUGAUGAACCUAGCCACAAGCAUAGGGGUUAUCUCACAAGCGUCUAGCAUGGCAACGGAGUUCUCCCAUUUCAUGGAAUUGAUGGAUCUGCUACACUUAAACAUUCCUUUUUGGAGGCUGUCACUCAAAUGCCUAAGUAUGCGAGUACUUGAAAGAUCUUCUCACUAACAAGAGGAAGCUCGAAGGGGUGGCCACAGUAAGCUUGAACAUGGAGCGCUCCGCCGUCCUGCAGAAUCACCUACCUAUGAAGCGCAAGGAUCCAAGGAGUUUCACUAUCCCUUGUUAUAUUGGUGAUUUAUGCAUAGGAAAGUCCUUGGCGGACCUAGUAGCCAGCAUUAAUGUGAUGCCCUAUAGGCUUUUUCAAAAGCUAGAGCUAGGUGAACUCAUAGCCACUAGGAUGCAUAUUCAGUUGGACGAUAGGUCCGUAGUACUGCCUAAGGGUGUAGUGGAAGAUUUGCUUAUUAGAGUAGGACAUCUUGUCUUUCCUGUGGACUUUGUUAUUCUAGAUGUUGAUGAGAAGGUUGAGGUCCCUCUCAUAUUGGGUAGACCUUUCCUAGCCACCGCCAAGGCCUUGAUUGAUGUGCAUGGGGGUAGGUUGGUUCUUAGGGCAGAAAAAGACGAGGUCACAUUCUAUAUAGAUGAUAGCAUGAAGUUGUCUAGUUGCCAUGACGAUUUUGAUUACUGCGAGGAGGUGUAUGACUUCAUGGAGGCACUCUCAUAUGUCGGUGCCCUUGCAUCUGACCCUUUUGAGGAGUGUUAUAUGGUAGAAACAGACAUCCAGAACUCCUCUAAGAAUGGUGACCAACCCUCGCAAGACCAAGAACUGGAGGCUUUACCCCCAAUGCCAAAAAUACCUACCUCUCUAGAGGAACGCCCUGAGUUGGAGUUGAAGCUGCUGCCUCCUCACCUCGAGUAUGCCUUUUUUAUUGAGGUGUUAAGGCGUCACGAGAGGGCAAUAGCAUGGAAGAUCACAGACAUCCGGGGCAUUGCGCCGAACUUUUGUUCUCACAAAAUCCAUCUGGAGGAAGGAGCCAAACCGGUCCGGCAACCGCAGAGGUGAGUAAAUCCUAAUCCGGAAGAAGUGGUAAAAGCAGAAGUUAUCAAGCUACUCGACGUCGGGAUUAUUUACCCUAUCUCGGAUAACCAGUGGGUGAGCCCAACCCAGUUUGUCCCUAAGAAGGGAGGAAUGACGGUGGUGGCCAUUGAAAAGGAAGAGUGAUUCGGGCUCAAAUGUACACAUUUUACCCCUCAUAUCUUGAUCGUUUGGCCUUGCAUUUCAUCAUUCCUCGACAUUUUUGACGUUAGGUUGUGUUUGUUUUGAUACAUUUCAGGUCCUAGCACGUUUGGAAGGGUCAAGGACGAAUUUUGGGAUAAUUGGAGGUCAAAAAGCGCAAAACCGAAGAAAAGUACGAACACCGUGACAAUUGCUUCGUAGUAGUGAAGGCGUCCAGAAAUUGCCGCAGUUCACGACCAGACAAGGCAGUUCACGGUCUCCUAAGACCAUGAACAAGGACCACAAACCGUGAACACUGAGGCGUCCAGCGAGGUUCCAGAAGUUACUGACGAUAAGGCAGUUCACGGUCUCUAAGACCGUGAACUGGGGCCAUUGACCGUGAACCCAUGACAGUGAAGCGGUGCGUUUUGGACGACGCUGAGUUCACGGACGCGUUCAGGUGUUCACGGCCGUGAACUGGCCAACGCGUCCGUGAACUUAUCACUUUCGAGCAAAUAUGAAGACAACAGCGGGGAGAGAGAAAGGGGAUCUAGUUUUUGGAGAAGAAUUAGUUUCUUUCUAUAGGGUUUGCCCAAAAACACAAAAUGGGAGUUCUAGUGAGAGAGAGAGAGACAGUGCUAGAGUGAUCUUGGAGCAUCAUUGGAGGUUUGGGUGGAGAUUCCAGCCUAGAAGAAGAAGAUCUUGACCUCAAAUUUGUAAUCCAUCUCUCUCUCUCUCUCUAGAAUCUCACUCUUUUCUCUUGGAUGUUGUAAAUCCCUAACUAAUACUUUGUAAUUACUUGCUUAUUCAAUUAAGUGUGGGUUUGCAUCAAUUUUAGUAUUAUAGGUGUUUUCAUGGUGAUUGUGCAUGUUCGUGCUUAGCAACCUAAGGUUUGGGCAUAAUUGUGCUUAGAAAUCUAAGGGUUGUGCAUGUUGAUGCCUACUAUCUAGGUUAGAGACCUUUGACUCAAGUUUGCAUCUAGGUUGGUUGUGAUUAAGCCGUUCAAACUCCGGUUUGAAGGAGAGGCCUAGGCAACCACUAGCGACUAAGUGAGAGGAUCGAUCCCGUGGCAAAUGGAUCUCUAGUGAAUCCAUCCCGUGACAAAUGGAUCACUAGGUUCUCCUCCUAGAGGUUCCCCUAGACUUGGUGAGUGGAUCGAUCCCGUGACAAAUCGAUCGCUAGUGAAUCGAUCCUGUGACAAACCAAUCACUAGUUGCACACCCUAGCGGUUCACAACCACCCACGCCACACGACUCCAUUCAAUCCAACCAGUCGUGGUAGCUAGUUAGGGGGAAGCAACUCCUGAGUGAAGCUCCCUUAGUUAGGAUUUUCCUUCAUUUACUUUUCUCUGCUUGCUUAGUUUGUAGUUUUCUUAGUUGAAAAUCCAAAACUGUUUUGCUAGAUAACAACUUAAGCGAUUGAAGUAAGGGUACAUGGACUAGCCCGAGUCGAUAUUUAAAUACUUGUUCUAUACUGCAGCCGACUAUAGUUUAAAAACUUGGACACUAGUCGGGAUUAAUUUUUGGUUUAGUUUCAUGCGAGUCAAGUUUUUGGUGCUGUUGUCGGGGACCCGCGGUCCAUUAUUUUGAAAAGGUAGCUUAGUGUUACGAGGAGGACGAGGAGGUUGAAAGGGCGAGCAAUGACAACCGUGUGGAGCAAGAAGAACUCACCUCGGAGAGCUCCCGUGGUGAGGAUGAACAAGAAGGUUGCAUUGAUGACACCCAUCACUUUCCCCUUCCCGAAAGAAACUUUGAAGACCAAG